AUGGCUUUUUGGAAAGAGCCAUCGAUGGGGAUUGCCAACCCAUAUCAUAUGUCGACGCUGUUCGAGCAGGCCACUAAAAACAUUUCACGGCCUCGAAACCGCAAGAACGUUCUUGCGCUCCUCGCCUUCACGACACUUUCAACAUUUUGGCUUUACGGCACCAGAAUCGUGCAGCGGACCGGUCAACUGGUCCAGCAUGGCUUCGGAGCUCCGAGAUACCACAGUCCCUGGGAUGAUAUAUACGCGGCCAAGUCACGCGCGGGCCACCUUAUUCCUCCGAAUAUAUGGCAGGUUAUGCUGCCCAAAGCCUGGGGCGAUGAUACUCCGGUAAAGUCAGACGCCUUGAAGCAGACGGCCUCUUGGUUGGCCAUGAACAAGGAUUACAGAUACACUCUCGUUGGCGAAGACGGCGGAAAGGGCUUUGUCAAUCAUUAUUUUGGAAAUAACGAGACUAUUGUUUCCCUCUUCAACUCUUUGCCCAACGUUGGCAUGAAAUCCGACCUACUUCGAUACUUGCUUCUCUAUGUCGAAGGUGGUGUCUACACAGACACAGACACUGUCGCAUUGAAGCCGAUUGAUCAGUGGGUACCGAAGGCCUUCCGCAACCAAACCCGGCUUGUUGUCGGUAUCGAAUACGACCAGCGUAACGGAGUCAGGUGGGCCGACAUUCACGAUACGAUUCAAUUCUGUCAAUGGACCAUUGCUGCCGCACCUCGCCAUCCCGUCUUCCAGAUGAUGAUUUCCCGAAUCAUUGAGUCUUGGGAACAUUUGAAGCGAAAGUACAACCCUGACGGCCAAACCCCCACAUGGAAACCGUCCGACAUUGAGGUCCUGAACUCGACUGGCCCCGGGGCAUGGACAGACGUGGUCUGGGAAUAUCUGCAGCAGACGGACGACAGCUUAACGGAUCUCAGGAACAUUUCAUACCUGGCUUCUCCGAAAUUGUUCCGUGACGCGCUUAUUCUACCGAUUGACGCGUUCGGCAUGGGGCAACUACAUUCAGGUAGUACCCAUGACGGAACCAUACCCGAGGAUGCACUCGUAAGACAUCUGUUUGGGGGCUCAUGGAGAGAAUAUCAGCGUUGA